ACCCAUGUAUUGGGAUAUCCGCGUCCCUCCUCCUCACAUGUCCAAACAUGAGCUUUUGUUCCCGCAUCUCUUUUAACAAUUUAUCAUGUUAAAGAAUCCAGUGGCUAAAAAUCUCUCCCUCCCCCCCCCCUGCCCCCCCCCCCCCCACACACACAAUGGCGUUUUUCUAUUACUUCUCCACUCUUCUCGGCGGCUCCUUCACACCUUUCUUCUUUGUAAACAACACAUAAAUUGAAAAUGUCAACCUUUUCUCUCUUUACUAUUCCCACUCUCCCUCACCAUACUUCCUAUGCACCCUCCCACACCUUAUCCCUCCUCUCUCCUUCCUCCAUGAACCUCCUCAAACUCCACCACAUCCCGCGCCGUCUCUCCGCCGUCACCUUCCGUCGUAUCUCCAUCUCCGCCGCCGCAGUUCGGCAAGACACAAAUCUCUGGUCAACAACACCUCUAAUUUCCGUAUCUCCGGAAGCUGAAUCGCUGUUCCACAUCAGCAUCGACGUUUCCGAUUACCCUGAAUUAGCUAGUUCGUACACUAAACCUGGUCAAUAUCUCCAACUCCGUGUUCCUAACGUUGAGAAACCGUCGUUUUUAGCUAUUGCUUCACCGCCUAAAGUUGCGGUUAAUAAAGGUGUAUUUGAAUUCCUAGUGAAAAGUGUAUCCGGAUCAACUGCGGAGCUGCUUUGUGGAUUGAACAGAGGUGAUGCUGUUGAAUUGAGUCAGGUAAUGGGGAAUGGAUUUGAUUUGAAUCAAAUUUCUCCGGCGGAGACGUAUCAGACGGUCGUGAUUUUCGCUACCGGAUCUGGAAUUAGCCCAAUUAGAUCCCUGAUCGAGGCAGGAUUUGGUGCAGACAAGAGAUCUGAUGUUCGGCUAUAUUAUGGCGCACGGAAUUUGAAGAGAAUGGGAUACCAGGAUAGGUUUGAAAACUGGGCAUCCUCUGGAGUUAAGGUUGUGCCAGUGUUGUCUCAGCCCGAUAAUGCUUGGAAAGGCGAACGUGGCUAUGUUCAGGCAGCAUUUUCCCGAGCGAAAAACAUUUUUACUCCUCAAUCCACUGGAGCAGUCCUGUGUGGUCAAAAGCAAAUGGCUGAGGAGGUAACUUCUCUACUUGUAGCAGAUGGAGUCUCAACAGAGAAGAUUCUGAAGAACUUCUAAACAAAAUCCAAUUUUGGUUUGUCAUGUUGUAUUAGUGCUUAGUAUAAAACCAAUUCAUUCGAUUUCACCAGCUGGCUACAAGGUAACCAGCAUGAUCAACAACAUAAUGUAACAAUCUUAGCCACAUCAGGCUAAUACACACUUCAGGCUAAUACAGAGUCCAAUUUGAAGCA